UUGUUAGUGGAAGGCAUUUUAAGUCUUCCAUAGCUGUCAAACACAGAUACGCCAGGUGAUGUUAGACUGUUUUGUACAGGUAGAUACUUGCAGAACUCACGUACAGCGUGUCUUAUGGCUGAUUGUUACAUUCUCGCUGUGGAGGUGAGGUGAGCCAAGCAGAACCAUAUUUAAUGUUCCUUCCUUUGUGAGUGCAGAAAUGAAGCGCCUGUGCCAUUAUGGUGGGUUUAUUAGUAUGUCGGGCGGUUAAAAUGCGCCUUCGGCUUUACCCCCCUGGGUUGUUCAGGUUAAAAAUAUAUAUUUGGUACUUGAUUUAAAAAAAUGGCUUAACCACAUCUCGCAGCGGUUAUGCUCUUCCACCUGCUGGGCCGCCAUUACGCCGUCAUUCAACACGGUGAAAAGAGACAGGAUAGGGAAACCGCGAUUAAACAUCCGCCAUUGCUUUAUGUUUAACAGUCAUAUUAGAUUCGAACCAACUCGCUGUCGAGCUAGCUCUACCGGCCAUGUAGAAGAAAGCACCUUUAUCCCAAAUUUAGUGUUACGUUUCAGAUAUUUUUUUAAACCUCUGUUACAGUUGUUAGUUAUUUAUUUUUAAAGAGAACACGUCGUCAAAUAGGUAUGUGUAACAGUUCACAACAUUUCCACUGUCACUGCAGUUAUAAAUAAACACAAUGAAAACUUAAUCGUUGAUGUUUGCUAGCAUACUCAUUUUGUCGGUCACAUCGGUUUUUUCGGACAGCUCGUUGGAUUUUGACCUUGAGGACGGUUAUUCCUAAAUUGACCUUGAGUUGUAGGAAAAUUGUGCUACUUUUAAGUAGGGUUCAGUGAUGUUGGCCUGAAUUGUUUGGUUACACUGGCCAUCGGGUAUAGCUAGCGAGCCUUAAUUUGACGAAGCAACAAAUGAGAUCGAAGAGCCGAGACCAGCAUUCUUGUUUUUUUUUUAAUCGUACUUUAUUUUCCUGUGGGGAAGGCUAGGUCUAAGUUUAAUUUUUAUUUAAGUUUAACUUUAGGUGGGGAUAGUUAUUUUAGCGCACAGGGCGGUGUUCGCUACGUAUUGCUAUGGCGUCCAAUUUCGAACAAUUAUAAUCCUCCGCGCUUUGCUCGGCCUGUGCUAGGCGCUAGUGUUGACGUUAAAGUCGGAAAAGACUAUCCAGACCCGUUGAUAGGGUCUAGCCGGGACUGCCCCCCUGUGGCUGGCCAAUGGACGACCAAUAGGGCAGGUCUACAUGUGGAGAGUAUGCUGAAGAAAGCGCUGCGAGUCUGUGCUUACUGGGAACGGUGGAGAGAGCUGCAAGAUGGAGAGCACAGUGGUCAGGACCUCAGACUCCUCAACUGAUAAAUAUUUUUAUUUGAAAUGGAUCAACAGUCUCCUGAAGACAAACUUCAAAAAUGUGGAGGAGAUGGGUUCAGGUGCGUGCCACUGUCAGAUGAUGGACUGUGUUUUUCCUGGAUCUAUUGACAUGAGCAAGGUAAAGUUUGAUGCACAAAGUGAGGACGACUGUAAGCACAAUUUCAGACUACUCCAUGAGGCCUUCAGCACAAAUGGUAUCACAAAGAAAAUUCCAGUUGAGAAGCUCAUAAAAGGGGAUUUUAACAGCAACAUUAAGUUCCUCAAGUGGUUCAAGGGCUUCUACGCAGAAAAUGUGAAAAGUAAUGAUUAUGACGCUGUGAAAGCUCGUGACAGCUGUGAUAUCAGCCCUAUUUUGGUGUCUCCUAAGUCAGAGAGAUCUAAAGAGUCUGACACGGAGGAAAACAGCAAAACGACUAAAAGGUUUCCUUACAGCGAGAAGUGGAAUGAUGUUUUUGCUUGGGCUGAGCGCAGUUCUCGCGGAGACAACUAUACCUACUGUUCCUCCUGUGGUACUGACCUUAGCACUAUUAACAAAGGCUUUUUUGAACUUAAGCGCCAUGUGGAAACAACCAAACACAGGAAAAGGGCUGCGAAGAAAAGAUGUGGUGCAAGAACACAGGUCACUGAGUCGCUGCCUUGCAGUGAUGAAGCUGUCCAGUUUAUUUACAAUCACUGUUACACUGGAUCUGCUAAAGGUCAGCAGGGAUAUAGACAUUUUGCGCGUUGUAAGCUGGGAUCACAGUACCCCAAAGAUAUCAUAUCUGCCUGCGAAAACACUCCUUACUGUUUAUACAUUUAUGGAGGGGUACCUGUAGGAAAAGGUGAAGCAGUCUCUGUGUUGCUUGUUGGGUUUUUUGAUGUUGAAGCCUCUAGUCGCUGCAUCAGAUUUCUGGAUGCUCUUCAGGCAGGGGACGGUGCAGGAGAUCAGUCUGCAGCAGCAGUUGUGGGUAGCUUGAAGAAAUUUGGGCUAUCCACAGAUAAUCUCGCUGCCGUUUAUCUAACUGGCAAUGGUUCAGCCACAGAGGAAAUCUGUUCUAAACUCAGGGAACUCAAUGCAAACAUCGUAACCUUAGGAGGCCUGUACACCAUCGCUGAUGCUGCUUGUCGUGCUGCCAUCAAGGAGCUCUCCAAUCAGGUUCAAGAACUGAUGGUAGACCUCCAUGAACACUACUCUGCUUGCUCUACAAAGAAUGAAAACCUCAAAGAUCUUUUUGACUCAGAUGUCAGCAAUGACAGCGCAUCGCUUCACACCAACACCAGCUGCUUUAGAGUUUGUCUGUUGGUCACAAAAAUAUUGGAAAUGUGGACCGAUCUCACACUGUACUUUAGUUCUUGCAAUGAAGAUGAGAAGACUAAGUCCAUCUGUUCUCAGCUUAAUGAUCCCAAAGUUAAGGCAAUGUUUAUGUUCCUGCAGCAGGCCUUAGAGCCUCUGCACAGUUUUCAAAGGAAAACACAGGAAGCUUCUGGUACUAAUAUUGAGCUUAUUCUAGAAGAAGCCAAUAGUCUGAUUUCCAUUUACACCUCCUACUUCCUCAGUCCACAGGCUGCUGAUCGUUUCCUCAUUGAACGUGACGUCCAAAUUCUUAAGAACAAGAAUUUCCACCUGCCAAGCUCUGAACUCUGUCUGGGUAAAAAAACUGUGGAAGACUUUCUGAAAACUUCUGAAGCUGCUGAGGCACUGCCACUAUUACAGGAGGAUGUAUUAUCAUUUUAUAUUGCACUCACUGGUUGUAUCGCAGAGGAGCUGCCUUUAAAUGACUCAGUGCUGAAGGGCAUCGCUCAGCUGCUGAACUCACAGAGCAGGCUGAAAGUGACAGAGGAAACAGUCGGGGAGCUGGGCACCAAGCUGGGAAUCUGCAACUUCCCUGAGGAAGUCAAACAGCUCACGAAUGAAUUCCUUGAGUAUCAGAAGGCUCAGGAGGGAGAGGCCGAGGAUGGAGGGAAGGGCAGCGCAGCUGUGGUUUCACUGGAAAACAUACUGAAUGACACCAAGCCAGCCUCAAUCUUCAGGAAGCUUCUUUUGAUCCUUUUGUCUUUCCCAUGUCCUCCGCUGGAUGCGCAGCAGGUUUUUACUCAGGCCUUGGAGAAUGAUCAUGUUUGUGGAGUCUCUGACAGUGAAGCCUUAACAGAAAGUGAGUUGGAUGUUACGUCUGACACUUUCUCUGACAGCAGCAAGAACUAUCAAGUUCGCACACGAGGUCAGAAUGGCCUUCCUUUGAAAGUGAAACCAUGUGAAGUCCGCCUUACAAAGAUAGAGCCAGGUGAUGGAUAUGAAAAUAAACUUGGAGUGAAUGGUGCCUUAUGGAAAGAGGGGACCAUUAGGGGGAAUUUUGGCUGGGAGAGCAGCUUGCGCCAGAAGCCAAAGACCCGUACAGUGUUUCAGGCUGGUGAUAACACCUGGUCCAAACCCGUAGGUCUUGAUAAGGACAGCAAAAAUGAACUGGGGUCCCAAGAUGAUGUGUCGGAAGACUCUUCAACUCCCAAUAAACACACACCAACCAGAGCACGACGUAAACCGGCCUACCAGGAUGGUAAAGGGUUUCUUACAGGAGUGCUGGUGUGGGGUAAGGUUAAGGGGUUUAACUGGUGGCCUGGGAUGGUGGUGCCAUGGAAAACCAAGUGUGCUCCUGUGGGUAUGCGGAGGGUGGAGUGGUUUGGAGACGGGAUGUUCUCAGAGGUAUACACUGAGGGUCUUACGCCAUUUGCUGCCUUCACUAGGUGCUUCUGCAAAAACUCCUUUGCCAGCUUGCCCAUAUACAAGAAAGCAAUCUACCAAAUCCUUGAGUUGGCAGGUGAGAGGUGUGGAAAGUCUUUUCCUGAGGCUCAAGGCAAUGAAGAAAAAGAGCUGAAGCUGAUGUUGGACUGGGCUUUUGAAGGAUUUCUGCCAACAGGACCUGAUGGAUUUAUACCUGUUGACUCUUCUCCACACGGUCAAUCCUCUGACUCGACUCUGUCUGACGUCCCGCCUCCGGCGAAAAGAAAAUAUGUUUUAAAAAAUAAGGGAAAUGUCCCCGCCAUCAUCUAUAACAAAGAAUCAAUAAUAGAAGGCGUCAAAGAAAAGGGAAAAACAAUUGAAGAUUUUUGUUUGUCUUGUGGAUCAACUGAUAUUGACGUCCAGCACCCAUUAUUUAAAGGUGGUCUUUGUCUAAGAUGCAAGGCAAACUUCACAGAAACGUUGUAUCGCUACGAUGACGACGGCUACCAGUCGUACUGCACUAUAUGCUGUGCAGGCUUAGAGGUCAUUCUGUGUGGCAAUCCCAGCUGCUGCAGAUGUUACUGUAAGGACUGUCUGAACAUCCUGGUGGGCCCAGAAACCUUUGAUAAGCUGAAAGAUGUCGAUCCGUGGAGCUGCUACAUAUGCAAGCCAUCACAGUGUGAAGGAAACCUCAAACUCAGGGCAGACUGGAGUGUGAAGGUCCAAGACUUCUUUGUCAACAACAGCGCAAUGGAGUUUGAGCCUCACAGAGUUUACCCUUCAAUUUCUGCUGAUCAGCGCAGGCCAAUGAAGGUGCUCUCGCUUUUUGAUGGCAUUGCAACAGGAUAUCUGGUGCUCAAAGACCUGGGCCUUAAGAUCGAGCGCUACAUUGCCUCAGAGAUUUGUGACGAUUCAAUUGCUGUAGGGAUGGUCAAGCACGAGGGAAAGAUUGAAUACGUCAAUGACGUUCGCACCAUUACAAGGAAACAUCUGGCCGAAUGGGGUCCUUUCGAUCUUCUGAUUGGAGGCAGUCCAUGUAACGACCUGUCCAUGGUGAACCCUCUUCGAAAAGGAUUAUUUGAGGGUACUGGAAGACUCUUUUUCGAGUUCUACCGCAUACUGACCUUGUUGAGGCCGAAAGAGGACGACAACCGUCCGUUUUUCUGGUUGUUUGAAAACGUGGUUUUCAUGAGUGCCAAUGACAAAUCGGAUAUCUGCAGAUUUCUGGAGUGUAAUCCAAUUCUUAUCGAUGCAAUAAAAGUCAGUCCUGCUCACAGAGCACGCUACUUUUGGGGAAACCUGCCUGGCAUGAACAGACCUCUCGCUACAUCUCUAGACGACAAGGUGACUCUGCAGGAUUGUUUGGAAUCCGGACGCCAGGCAAAGUUUGACAAAGUCCGUACUAUCACAACAAAGUCUAACUCAAUAAGGCAGGGGAAGAUGGGACCGCUGCCCGUCGACAUGAAUGGCAAGGAAGACUACCUGUGGUGCACUGAAAUGGAACAGAUUUUUGGUUUCCCCAAACACUACACUGACGUGAACAACAUGGGCCGGAUGCAAAGGCAGAAAGUCCUGGGUCGCUCCUGGAGUGUGCCUGUGAUUCGUCACCUGUUUGCCCCCCUGAAGGAUUAUUUUGAAUGUGAGUAGCAACUGUGAAGCAAAUCCUUGCAUCAGAGCUGGAGCGGUAAACCUGAUGCCUUAUCCUGCCCCGCCUUGCUAGUUAGUUUAAACUCUCUGGUCUCUCUUUAGAGGACCGAAUGUAGCUUUGACUUUUAGAAAUAGUUUGUUCAUGAAUUCAUUUCUUUUUUGUUUUAUCCUGUCAGUCAUCAGUGACCCUCCACCACCAGCAGGCACAGACACUUUUUGGGUUUUUUUAAGGUUGCUGUAAUCAAACAAUUAUGUUGCUCAGAACACAGGCCUGCAUCAUGAAGUGAGCUGAAGUGGUUUGCGAGCCAUCUUUGGGCUUUUAUGGAUCAGUGGAGUCUCCUUGCUUACCUUAAUCAUGAAUGGAAAGAUCAUAGCCGCUUAUCAAAUCCACAUAUUGAUUUUAAUUAGGUUUUUAAUUAAAUAUGACUGCAAUGUUUUUGUCUGACAGGCUACAGUCAGGGUUUUUGGUUUUUUUUACUCUGUAUGAUGUGAAAAGAUGCACGGGAAGUGUUCCUGUUAUGGUUCAGUGUCAGCGAUUUCAAACUGAUAACAUGCAGGGUUAGUGGAAACUUCAUAUCCACAGUGAAGUAUACAAGAGCCAAUUAUAUUUCCCUCUGGACCCACAGCAGAGCCAAAACACACUAAAUCCUGCACAAUAUCAUUCUAUAGUUUUCUAUAUUAUAGAAUAAACUCUUCAUUAACACUAAUGGUGCUAUGUAAGUGCUGAAUCAUGUUUUUAAGACUUCAAAGGCAUCUUUUGCUUCAGCUUUUCUUACUCUGGCCUUACCUGGCCUAAAAUCAGUCACUAUAGGAUUAAUUUGUUCUUUCGCCUGUUUUGCUUAUAAAAUGAGACACAAAUAUGUAGACCCUGAGCCCGGUCCAAGGUCCCAGAGAGCCGCUGAACUCCCUUCAUGGUGCAGGCCUCCUCACUACCUCAGCAAUGGUUUCAAAUCUGCAGCUACAGGUGAACACAAACCAUUAUUGCUUUGUUUCUACGUGAUCCGUAUUUUAUCAUGUUUUUAUUGUUUAAUCCUCCAGGCAGGGAUUUUAAGUCUGACCUAAUUCUUACUGUGAUGAAUUUUAUUGUGUUUUACUUACAUUUUUUAAUCUUUAAACACUUUUUUACUCAGUCUGAAGAAUCCCACCAUGGUGCUUCUAAUAGUGGUGAUUUUUACCCCACAGGUGGGCAUUUGUGCUACAAUUCUGUCUUUUUUAAGGAGUUUUACUUACACAAGAUCAAAAAUAUUUUGAAUCUACUUACUGACGACAAGUUGAGUAUUUUAAUAAGCCACACGAGUCAGACUUUGUCAGAACAUGCAGUGUCUACUAAAGUGGGAAAUACGGCUUUUUAUUUCCAGUGGUUUCUUUUCUGGCCAGUAAAAAAAGUUAAUUUCCUGUGUUUUAAAGAAUAGUUUAAUAGGUUCUGAAACUAACUAAAGCCCUUAACAUCAUUUGAAGGAACAACCUUUGACUUUAUGUUCAAAAUCUGUAUUUUGUUAAAGGGAUAUCCACUGGAGUUGAAGUGGGGCUGGACUGGACUUUAAUGUAAUACCACAUUGUACCACAGCAUGGUAAACUGGGUCAGUGUAACCCUUAUUUAACAACGUAGGCCAUUCAAAGUUUGCUAAUAUUUACAGUCCUGGCCUGGUAAUGUUUCUGGGUGUGUACAAAGUACACAUCCAGAAACAUUUCAACACACCCACUGAUAAAUGCUGCCCCCUCAUGGUGAAAGUUUAAAUUCACAGAGGGGAAGUUCUAAAAGUACUUUGAGGCAUCUGGCUCCCAAACAUUGUUAACAAAUUGCAUAAUUAUUAAUUUUUAAUUUGAAAAAUAAAAUAAAAACUGUUAAUUCAUCUGCCGCGUUCAUGUGUAAGACUGUAAAAUAAGACUGUCAUUGUAGAAAAAAAUGGGGUACAGUAGUGCAACUUUUCAUGUAACUUUUAACUGUUUCAUAGUUAGAUUCAAUAUUAUGUGGCAAUUUUUUAAAUUUCAUAGUGUUUAUGUAUGUAUUUUGUAGUCCAGCAUCCAUAUUUUCUGAUUCUUAUCAAGCAGUAAACAUGAAACUGCACCAGGACAUAAGUUUUACAAGUUUAAUCAAAACUGCAGCCUCAAACAAGGACCUGAAACGUCUGCUAAUCUGCUGAUCUAAUUACAUGGCCUAACAGCUGCAGCUAUGUGCUAGAUAAAAAUUACAUGAUAAUCUUUUUUUAAUUCUAUUGUUCAGGUUGUGUGUCAAGCAAAAAAAAAAAAAAAAAAAAAUCACCAGUGAUUGUUUCAGUUUCUCAAAUGUGCUUUUCUAUCCCUGAGGUCACAAUAAAUUCAUAAUAAUUAACAAUCAAAUAAUGACAGUUUAGAAUUAUUUUUAUUUUCUUUUAGUUAUGUUUUUUUUUUUUAAAACGCGUUCUCAGUUUCAAGGUCCUAAAAUUGCUCUUUUCUCCCCUUUUUUAACCAAAUAUAAACUGAAUAGCUUUUGUGGGAAAAUUACUGGUCUGUGGUAUUCAUGCUCUGUAACAUUUUUCUGUAAUUCAAAAGCUACAGUUCAUUGUUUUGAAAGUGUAAUCAGUAGAAUGAUUAAUUGUUACUUCCAGCACUAAUUUUUUUGGGAUUAUGAUGAUGUUGCUGACUGAGGACGAGGGGGGGGACAACACACUCGUCAUGUCAUGCUGCAGAAAAUCGUACUGUAAUCACGUUUUUCAGUUCUCCAAACUGCUUGUUGAUUAAUCAGGUAAAUGAUGGAGAGACUAAUAAUAGAAAUGCACUGUUUCAAAGCGACAUCAGGUAACAUCAGUGCUGAUGCUUCACACAAACCACUGAUGCAGACCUGAACAUUUGGUGCUGUUUUUAAAAUACUGUUCAGGUGUCAGGUUUAAGUUUGUAAUGUUAUGUUAGUUUUACUGAAGAUUUCGAUAAUGGUGGCACCCUUCAUCCUGAGUCACUGUGUUUGAUCACAUAAUUAUUUCGUACUGUCAACGUAUUCACACAACAGAGAGGCUGAAAGUUAGAUGUUGAUUUUUACCUCAUUUCUUUUGGGAUUUCUAAUGGUGCUACUGCAACGGUGCUAACUCUGCAUGUUUGUUACACUUUUUUUUUUUCCUCAUCUUAUGCUGACAUUAGUUGAACGUGAACUGUGUAGGUUUUUGUUUUGCAGUGUGCUCGGAUGUUCAAGUGUCUUUGUUUUAAUCAAAUGAGAAACAGAUGUAGAAAAAUAUUAGCAUGAUAGUUAAUCAUCUUUGUGAAGGGGGAAAAAACGUUGGGGCAUAAUGAAAAAGUGUUCAUGGGAUUUUACUCAGGCAUUACAAAACAAAGGUGCUGUUAAAGGAAAAAGUUUCUUUUAUUUUCAUUUGUCUGAACUAAUUUAGCCAAAAAUGCCUUUCCUUGAGCCAAAAUCUGUAUUACUGAUAACAAAAUAAAGACCAACAAAACCAGGA